AUGAUGUGUAAUGGUGAGUUCUUACAGAAAGAUCCUGAUGAGGCCAUAGAAUACCUCAAUAAGCUUACUGAAAAAGCUCACACUUGGACUGGACUUAGUGCUACUGAGAGCACAAAUGGGUCACGACCUACAGGAAACCCAAAUGGUGGUGGAAUUUACCAUCUCAGGGAAGAUGAUAACUUAAAGGCUAAGGUUGAAAUGCUCACUAGGGAGCUAGAUGUGUUAAAGACUAAGGAGUUAAAGCUAACACACGUGGCAAAUCAUGCAAAGUCUUUUGGACCAUGUUUUGUGUGUGGUGGGCAUGGCAAGUUCCCUUCUCAAACUCAAUCCACACCCCAAGGUCAACAUAUGACUCAAGGAAAUUUGAAGGAGGUGAAUGCCAUUGUGACACGAAGUGAUAAGUCAUUACACAUCCCAACAACGAACAAAUCAGAGGAUGUUGAAGAGGAACAAAGCAAUGAUAGUGCCGAGUUGCCCAAGAAAGCCAAGGUAAUUAAGAGCCCAGUUAAGGUACCAUUUGCUCAAGCUUUAAAAUCUAAUAUGCGAACUUUGGAUUCUAGUAAUGAAAUCUUGGAGAACCUCAGGCAGCUUGGUUUGGGUGAAAUUAAGCCUACUUCUGUUGUGCUUCAAUUGGCUAACCGUUUAGUUAAGAAAUCUAGAGGAAUAGUUGAGGAUGUUUUUAUUCAAAUUGACAAGUUUUACUACCCUGUUGAUUUCUUAAUCAUUGAUACUAGUUCUGAUUAUUGCCCACAUAUUUGGCAACCGAAAUUUGAGGAGCUAUUUAAGAAAAAUGAAGAGCAGAUUCCUUCAAACGUGGAUAGUCCCAAAUUGGAAUUGAAACCACUGCCCUCAGGUUUUAAGCAUGCAUUUCUCAGCCGAGGUGACACUUUUCCUGAGUCAUUUGCUGAAGCUUUGCCAGUGGUUGAGCAGCCUCUUUUAAAAAUCAAAGACUGCAAGCUUGAAAAUGGUUGGGAUGUGGAUCUUUUAGAAAGAUUAAUGGGCACGGAACUUGCUGAAAAUGUCAAUAAUGUGUUGGCAAGGACUAAAGAGGGAGAAGAUUUACUUAUAUGGACCAAAACUGAGAGUGGGAAUUUUACUACAAAGUCUGCUUGGGAUUGUAUUAGAGUGAGAAGUCCUAUUCUUGAGGGACAUAAUUGGAUAUAG